GAGGCGGUCCGCGGCCGCGGCUUGCGCCCCAAUGCUGGCGCGAUUUUCACCGCGCUUCCACGCGAAUCAUUACACGGAGAUAUCGCUCGUUUCCGAACACAUUCGCAAGUUUCCGCGCCGCGCCGCGACCGCACGUUCUCAUUUCAAAUCCACGCUCCAUAUUCCGAUUUUAUUUUUUAUUAGUGCUGCCAAUUGUGCUAAUUCGACUGUUUGCCAUAAUAGUGAUGUACUGACUCGACCGCUACAUCGGACCGCUGACGUGGAUAGUGCAAUUAAUAACACCAUGUGCAUAUGAACGCGAAUUGCAAUUAACGGAAACUUGCAAAAUAAUACAUCGACGCGAAAUCAAUUAACAAACUUUAUCCAGUUUAAUCGUUAGCAAUGGAACUGAAUUACAAAUACAAAUUACAAACACGAUAAUGGGACAUCUAGUUAACGACACGACCAGUGUUCAUUUGAAUUUCUAAACAGAUUCUUAGACAAACAUUUGUAAUUGGACAAUUUACGAAAAAAAUAUGGCGAGAUAAGCCGUCGGGGGUAGCGCGCGAAUUUAAUUGAAAUGUCAUCGAGCAGAUGAAAUGAAGACUUCGCUCGAAUGCGAGCGUGCCGAGACCGCCGAAAGCGGCGGGAAAGGCCGGAUAUCUUUUAGCGUGGACUCUCUGCUGGGGGGUAAACAGGACGCUCCGGUGAAGGACACUGUGGCCGAUACGAACAGUAAUGACGCGGAGAGUACCGACGCGGCGCCUGAGAGCGACGAGAGUGACGUUGACAUCGAGGAUGUUGACUCGAAUGUUGAUGAUCGGGAAGAGAGAGAGAACGGCCACGAUGGGGACGAGUUGGAGACGAGAGGCGGAGUGGUGGUGCCACAGCCGCUACUGCCGCGGCUGUACCAGGGCCCGCCGCCGCACUCCUGGCCGUUCGGAGCCUUUCCCUGGAUGGCUCCCAACCCAAUGUUUAGGGGAGGAUCUCCAAACACAGGUGCACCCAGCGGUCCACCAGUGGUUCGGUGUCAGCUUCGCAAACACAAGCCUAAUCGCAAGCCACGGACGCCGUUCACCACACAACAGCUCCUGGCGCUGGAGAAGAAGUUCAGAGACAAGCAGUAUCUGAGCAUCGCCGAGAGAGCAGAAUUCUCUUCCUCACUUAGAUUGACUGAAACACAGGUAAAAAUAUGGUUCCAAAAUCGACGAGCAAAAGCGAAACGAUUGCAAGAAGCCGAGAUAGAAAAACUAAGACUAUCCGCGCGGCCCCUCCUACCGCCAUCUUUCGCGCUUUUUGGCGGGGGAGGGGCGCCUCCACUAUUCGCAGCGAUGGCAGCUGCCUCUAGACCUCAGUUGAGCUUCCUAGGAGGUCCGCCAAGCCACCAACACGCGAUAAACAUGAAUAUACUAAAUUCUCUCCAACCACAUUGACGAAUGGAUCACGCGGCAACGCGUGAAGCAGACGAUCAGCCGCCAUCUUGAAACAGUGCGUUCGAAAUUUAAAUUGAAAGGGUCCCUAUUCUCUUAUAAGUGCGUUUUGUUUAUUGUUGCGAAUAUUGAAUUGGCCAUUGUAAUGGAAUCGCUUUCGUCUCACUGUUGUUUGAGCUCCACACGUUGUGUCAUGGUUUUGUAUUCAGAGUUUGAUGCUGUUGGUAUAGAAUUAUUUAUCAAAGAAUUUAUGCGGUGCGUUAUUUUCACGAAAAUAGGGCAGACAAAUCAAGUUUUGUCGUCUAUAAUAAGUGUUGAGAAUAGGGACCAUUAGUGUUCGAGAAUUAAAAGUUGAAAUAGUGAAUCAAGGACAACAAGAAAUGUGUUCCAAUUUUAAAAUAAACUAUUCGUUUUGUGCGCUCCUAAAUGUAAGGGUAUGGACACACCAAUGGAAUAAAUAAUUUGCGAAGUUUUAGAUCCUAAGUCACGUUUUAAUAUAACAUCUUUGUAUUUAUAAAAAAUCCAUUAAAAUCUGUGAGUGUAACUUUUGUAGACAACCUCCUGGCUCUAACUGAUGUCUACACUAAAUAAAAAUCUCUCUAUAAGUGCAAUUUCUCAAAAUAAAAUGGUAAAUAAUUUAUAAUCCGGAUAGAAAAUUGUAAAUAGUUUUACUUACAUUUUUAACUUAGAUUACAUAUUAAUAAUAACUGAGUAAUUUACGAAAUGUUUUUUUUUUAUGUCUGAAUAGCAAGCAGUACCUAUAAUGAUCUGCUUAAUGUUUUUAUGUUAAUAUUGUAAUAUCUUAGUUUUAUUAAACAAUUCUUUGGUCACCAUUCCAAACUUCCAGCUCCAAAAAAAUAUCAAAUCGUAUGAAAUCACAGUAGGCACUUUACGCUACGCUACUUUACCCUAUCUAUAUUUUAUUAUCUACUAAAUCCGAUUUUCCACCUGUUUACAUUUCCACUUUCUAGCUAAAUAAAACAACUAUCAUUUAUCAGUAUUUAGUUUGUCAAAUGGAAUAUUUUGUGUUAUAUAAAAUUAUCAUUUUUAAUUUUUUCUUUUUCUUUUAAUAACGUUGCCCCACACUAGG